UCUCUCUCCGUAAAGAGUUUAUUACUCCCUCCCUUUCGCGUUCUCAACCCUCAACAAGGGUUGUUGCAGAGUGAGAAACCUUCCUCUCUCCGUCAGAUCUGAACCCUUGCAACGCCAUCAAAGGUUUUCGUAAUUGCUUUUUAGCGGAGAUAUCUAGGGUGUUCUUUAUCUGGGGCGGUUUCCCUCCGCCGAAAUUGUGUUUUUCGGUGGAGAGUUGAUCCAGGCGCCAUGGCUGCUGCAACUGCUCCGAUCACUAUGAAGGAAGCUCUGACGUUGACAAGCCUGGGUAUAAAUCCUCAAUUUAUCACAUUUACACAUGUGACCAUGGAGUCAGAGAAAUAUAUUUGUGUUCGAGAAACUGCUCCUCAGAACAGUGUGGUGAUUAUUGACAUGAAUAUGCCUAUGCAACCUCUGAGACGGCCUAUUACUGCUGACUCAGCUUUGAUGAACCCCAACAGCAGGAUUCUUGCUCUGAAAGCUCAAAUACCUGGAACUACACAAGACCACUUGCAAAUAUUUAAUAUCGAGAUGAAGGCAAAAAUGAAAUCACAUCAGAUGCCGGAGCAGGUUGUCUUUUGGAAGUGGAUUACUCCAAAGAUGUUGGGCUUGGUCACACAGACCUCAGUGUACCACUGGUCAAUUGAAGGUGAUUCUGAGCCUGUAAAGAUGUUUGAGCGAACAGCUAAUUUGCUGAACAAUCAAAUAAUCAACUAUCGGUGUGAUCCCUCUGAAAAGUGGCUUGUUUUAAUUGGAAUUGCUCCUGGUGCUGCUGAGAGGCCACAAUUGGUCAAAGGGAACAUGCAACUCUUCUCAGUCGAUCAGCAGCGAAGUCAAGCUCUCGAAGCACAUGCUGCAUCAUUUGCAUCAAUUAAAGUGGCUGGCAAUGAAAAUCCUUCCACUCUUAUUUGUUUUGCCUCAAAAACCACUAAUGCAGGCCAGAUUACCUCGAAAUUACAUGUGAUAGAACUUGGUGCUCAGCCAGGUAAGCCUGGCUUUACAAAGAGACAAGCGGACCUUUUUUUCCCUCCUGAUUUUGCUGAUGACUUUCCUGUGGCAAUGCAGAUAUCACAUAAAUACAGUUUGAUUUAUGUGAUCACAAAGCUUGGGCUUCUAUUCGUUUAUGACUUGGAGACUGCAACAGCAGUUUACAGAAACCGCAUAAGCCCCGAUCCGAUUUUCCUAACGACAGAGGCUUCGUCACUGGGAGGAUUUUAUGCUGUCAAUAGGCGUGGCCAAGUGCUUCUUGCAACGGUCAAUGAAGCAACCAUUGUUCCUUUUGUCAGUGGUCAGCUAAACAACCUGGAACUCGCAGUGAAUCUUGCCAAACGAGGGAAUCUUCCAGGGGCAGAGAAUUUGGUUGUACAGCGUUUCCAAGAGUUGUUUUCUCAGACUAAAUACAAGGAGGCUGCAGAACUUGCUGCAGAUUCUCCACAGGGGAUCCUCCGUACCCCUGAUACUGUAGCUAAGUUUCAGAGUGUUCCUGUUCAAUCCGGACAAACGCCACCACUGCUACAGUACUUUGGGACACUACUGACAAAAGGAAAGCUGAAUGCCUUUGAGUCUCUGGAGUUGUCUCGCUUGGUCGUAAAUCAGAACAAAAAGAAUCUUCUGGAGAAUUGGUUAGCUGAAGACAAGCUUGAGUGUAGUGAGGAACUUGGGGAUCUUGUGAAGACUGUGGAUAAUGAUCUUGCCCUCAAGAUAUAUAUUAAGGCGAGGGCUACUCCAAAAGUUGUUGCAGCCUUUGCUGAACGAAGGGAGUUUGACAAAAUACUCAUUUACUCGAAGCAGGUUGGUUAUACACCUGAUUAUCUCUUCCUUCUGCAAACAAUUCUGCGAACAGAUCCUCAGGGAGCGGUUAAUUUUGCCCUUAUGAUGUCACAAAUGGAAGGGGGUUGCCCAGUUGACUAUAAUACAAUUACGGAUCUCUUCCUUCAGAGAAAUAUGAUCCGAGAGGCAACUGCCUUCCUGUUGGAUGUUUUGAAACCCAAUUUGCCAGAACAUGCCUUCCUUCAAACAAAGGUCCUGGAGAUUAAUCUGGUAACGUUUCCCAAUGUGGCUGAUGCUAUUUUAGCUAAUGGGAUGUUCAGUCACUAUGACCGACCUCGGGUUGCCCAACUUUGUGAAAAAGCGGGCUUGUAUAUGCGUGCCCUUCAGCACUACACAGAGUUGCCUGAUAUCAAACGUGUCAUUGUGAACACUCAUGCUAUUGAGCCUCAGUCACUUGUAGAGUUCUUUGGAACCCUUUCCAGGGAGUGGGCACUGGAGUGUAUGAAAGAUCUUUUAGUGGUUAAUCUGAGAGGAAACCUUCAAAUAAUUGUUCAGGUUGCCAAAGAAUAUUCUGAGCAGUUGGGAGUGGAUGCUUGUAUCAGAAUUUUUGAGCAAUUUAAGUCCUAUGAAGGUCUUUAUUUCUUUUUGGGGUCGUAUCUGAGCUCAAGUGAGGAUCCAGAUAUUCAUUUCAAGUAUAUUGAGGCAGCAGCCAAGACGGGACAAAUAAAAGAGGUGGAGCGUGUCACAAGAGAAUCAAACUUCUAUGAUCCUGAGAAGACGAAGAACUUUUUAAUGGAAGCCAAACUUCCAGAUGCACGGCCAUUGAUAAAUGUUUGUGAUCGUUUUGGAUUUGUACCGGAUCUUACCCAUUACUUGUACUCGAACAACAUGCUGCGCUAUAUUGAAGGCUAUGUCCAAAAGGUGAGCCCUGCCAAUGCUCCAUUAGUGGUUGGGCAGCUUCUAGAUGAUGAAUGCCCAGAAGAUUUCAUCAAGGGUCUUAUUCUUUCUGUCCGUUCACUCCUUCCGGUUGAGCCCCUUGUUGAAGAAUGUGAGAAGAGAAAUCGCCUUCGUUUGCUCACCCAGUUCUUAGAACAUCUUGUUAGUGAGGGGAGCCAAGAUGUUCAUGUUCACAAUGCAUUGGGUAAAAUCAUCAUCGACAGCAACAACAACCCAGAACAUUUCCUCACCACCAACCCUUACUAUGAUUCCCGUGUUGUUGGCAAAUAUUGUGAAAAGAGGGAUCCCACUUUGGCUGUUGUUGCAUACAGACGAGGGCAGUGUGAUGAUGAGCUCAUCAACGUCACCAAUAAGAAUUCUCUCUUUAAGCUGCAGGCCAGGUAUGUUGUAGAGAGGAUGGAACCUGAGCUCUGGGAAAAAGUGCUCAAUCCUGAGAACACAUACAGGCGGCAACUUAUCGAUCAAGUUGUGUCUACUGCUCUACCCGAAAGCAAGAGCCCAGAGCAGGUCUCUGCAGCAGUGAAAGCUUUUAUGACUGCUGAUCUUCCUCAUGAGCUUAUCGAGCUCCUUGAGAAGAUUGUUCUCCAAAACUCUGCAUUCAGUGGAAACUUCAAUCUUCAAAACCUGCUUAUUUUAACAGCCAUCAAGGCCGACAAGUCACGGGUUAUGGAUUAUAUCAAUAGAUUGGAGAACUUUGAUGGGCCUGCCGUUGGUGAGGUUGCAGUGGAGCAUGAGCUUUACGAAGAAGCUUUUGCCAUCUUCAAGAAGUUCAGCUUGAAUGUGCAGGCAGUGAAUGUCCUUUUGGACAACAUUCGUAGCAUUGAUCGUGCAGUGGAGUUUGCUUUCAGAGUCGAAGAGGAUGCUGUUUGGAGCCAAGUGGCAAAGGCGCAACUAAAAGAGGGACUUGUGAGCGAUGCCAUUGAAUCCUUUAUCAGAGCAGAUGAUGCCACUCAGUUCUUGGAUGUUAUUAGAGCUGCUGAGGAAACUAAUGUGUACCAUGAUUUGGUCAAGUAUCUUCUCAUGGUUAGGCAAAAGGUUAAGGAGCCCAAAGUGGACAGUGAGCUCAUCUAUGCUUAUGCAAAGAUUGAUAGAUUGGGUGAAAUUGAAGAGUUUAUCCUUUCACCUAAUGUUGCUAAUCUUCAAAAUGUUGGAGAUCGCUUGUACGAUGAAGCCCUAUAUGAGGCUGCCAAGAUCAUAUUUGCUUACAUUUCGAACUGGGCCAAGCUGGCUAGCACUCUUGUCAAGCUCAAGCAAUUCCAAGGUGCAGUGGAUGCGGCUCGUAAAGCAAACAGCUCCAAGACUUGGAAGGAAAUUUGCUUUGCUUGUGUUGAUGCUGAGGAAUUCCGCUUGGCUCAGAUAUGUGGUCUCAAUAUCAUUGUCCAGGUUGAUGACUUGGAGGAGGUUAGUGACUACUACCAGAACAGGGGAUGCUUCAAUGAGCUGAUCUCUCUUAUGGAAAGUGGUCUAGGUUUGGAGCGUGCCCACAUGGGUAUCUUUACCGAGCUUGGCAUCCUCUAUGCAAGAUAUCGUCCAGAGAAGCUUAUGGAGCACAUCAAACUCUUUGCUACUCGUCUGAACAUUCCUAAGCUCAUAAGGGUUUGCGAUGAGCAACAACAUUGGAAGGAGCUCACUUACCUCUAUAUUCAGUACGAUGAGUUUGACAAUGCUGCCACCACCAUGAUGAACCACUCUCCAGAGGCAUGGGACCACAUGCAGUUCAAAGAUGUUGCAGUCAAGGUGGCCAAUGUGGAGCUCUAUUACAAGGCAGUGCACUUCUAUUUGCAAGAGCAUCCUGAAUACAUCAAUGACUUGCUCCAUGUUCUUGCUCUCCGAGUUGACCAUACGCGCGUUGUUGACAUCAUGCGCAAGGCUGGGCAGCUGCAUCUCGUGAAGCCAUACAUGGUUGAAGUACAAAGCAACAAUGUUGCUGCUGUGAAUGAGGCUCUCAAUGAGAUCUACAUUGAAGAAGAGGACUAUGACAGGCUCAGAGAGUCGAUUGACUUGCAUGACAACUUUGAUCAGAUCGGCCUUGCACAGAAGCUUGAAAAGCACGAGCUUUUGGAGAUGAGAAGAAUAGCGGCAUACAUUUACAAGAAGGCAGGAAGAUGGAGACAGUCUGUCCAAUUGUCUAAGAAGGACAACCUUUAUCAGGAUGCAAUGGAGACAUCAUCUCAAUCAGGAGACAGGGAACUGGCUGAGGAGUUGCUCGUGUAUUUUAUUGAGCAGGGAAAGAAAGAGUGCUUCGCAUCUUGUCUAUUCACUUGCUAUGACUUGAUCCGUCCUGAUGUGGCUUUAGAGCUUGCCUGGAUGAACAAUAUGAUUGACUUUGUUUUCCCAUACCUCCUCCAGUUCAUUCGUGAAUACACGACCAAGGUGGAUGAACUCGUGAAGGACAAACUUGAGGCACUCACCGAAACGAAAGUCAAAGAAAAAGAAGAGAAGGAUCUCGUUGCCCAACAGAAUAUGUAUGCUCAGUUGCUGCCUCUCGCCCUGCCUGCUCCUCCUAUGGCAGGGAUGGGAAGUGGUUUUGCACCACCACCACCCAUGGGUGGCAUGGGGAUGCCCCCAAUGCCGCCCUUUGGCAUGCCACCACCGCCUCCCAUGGGUGGUUACUGAUUCUUUUUCAUUGGUGGCUGUAGCUGAUGAGAGAUAGGUUCUCGCGGCGACAAAUAUCAUUUUGUUGUGUAUUUUGAUGGUUGAUAUUCUUUUGGUAGCAGACUUUGUUUCUUGCUGCCCGUUGGUAGGGCCAGAGUGAUUUAGGUAGGAAGGAGGUUUGUGUUUGUUUUAUGAUCUGGCUAAUUGCCCGUGUAUAGUCCAUAAAACCACUUGUGUUGAGCAGGCUCUUUAAUUCUGUGGCAUCAUCAUUUGGGUGAGAUGAUAGUAUUUAGAGGCGUAGUCGAGGAAGCACUUUGAUGGUUUGGUUUACGUUGGGGAGUGAAGUUUGGCGAUUGAAACCUUUUUUUGUACGAGUAUCUUUUUGAUGUUCAACAUCCUUCUCUGGCAUGCAUUGUUUUGGAUGCUUCCAUUGAGAUUUUGAGGGCAGUUUAUUGCUCGUUUGGCUCAAA